AUGCUUCUCCCGCCUGUCGAUGCAGUGGAAGGCGACGUGGAUGCACCCCAGAUCGUGGCCCUGGCAGCGCAGUGCACAUUAUACAUACGGACGCCUCGUCAUCUCCAAGACAAGGCUACGUCUGCAACCUCGCGGAAGACCACUUGGUAAGCGACCACCAGACAAUUUAAAUACCACUUCAUUUUUUGCCUGUUUACCAUUCACAUUUCAGUAACCAGCUGACUCGGCGCCUGAAAGACCAACAAGCUCUAGAUAAAAACGCCUCCGUGGAGACACGAUGGUGCCAACUGCGAGUCGGCGUCCAUGCAAUCGCCCUGGGUGUUCUCGAUAACGCACGCCGUCAAUGCCGAAGUUUAUUCAACGAAAAUGACGCAGCAGUCAGCUGCCAGCUCGCCGAGGAGAACAAGUUGGGUAGGGCCUACAUCGACCGCGCAUCUGAUGCAAACAAAGGGGCCUUCUAA